AUGAAUGAAUGGCUCGGCCACAUUGCAGUCCACCAGCCAGCUUCGUGCCGUCCGUUCCGAUGCUGCCUGCUCUGUGGCAAGGUUUGCCAGGGCAUGCACCAACAUCUUACUCGCGCGCACAAGAAGCAAUUUGAACACCCUUUCGGUUGUCCCAAAUGCGGAAAAGAAGUAGACGGAAGAAAAUCCUGGGACGAACAUGUGCUCGAACUACACACUGCCAGAGGAGCUCCUCUCGUACCAUCAUCAGGCGAUGAGCGCCGCGUGCAAGAUAGAAUUUGUGACACCGGAGAUCAGAAGAGUUCGACCGGCAUCGGCGCCAAGGAGGCUUGGGUACUGCUGAGUGAUGUACUGUCCCGAGCCGAUUCCUUGGGAUGGAGCGACAGUGAGUGCCUCAGCUGGAUGCGGACAAAUGCACAAGCCGCGCAGCGUGGAUUGCUAAAGGGUGAUACGAUGUGGAAUGGGGGAAAACGUGGUGCUGAGGAGACACUGGGCUUGGCCAGGCCGAAGAGGCCUAGACUUGUUCAUGGGCUGGACGGUACCAAUGCAGACGUAGGUGUUGAUGAUACUGACCGCAUAGCGGCAGGAGACAUGGAUGAUGAGGAUGAUGACAGUGACUGGGAUGCGGGCGACGAUGGUGACUCUGCCUCAGAUAGCAAUAGUGAUGAUGAUAGAGAUGACCACGGCGGCCUAACGGUGAUGUUGCAGCCACUCAAGGAAAGAGCCAUAAUGAGGAUGGUGAGUCGCGCAUCGACCGAGCGAGACUCUUCGGGUACCAUGACAGACACGCCAUUGUCUCAGGAACCCCCGCCGCCCUACACCUCAAGCGACAGCAGCCCCCUUGAACCUGAAAGGCCCUUUUCGAUCAAUCGAGAUAUUGUCAAACAGGGGAUGUAG